AUGUGCAAUGCAAGUGACUAUGUGAUUGGUGCGGUAUUGGGGCAGCGAAGGAACAAACGGUUUCAUACCAUUUACUAUGCUAGUAGAACCCUUAAUGAUGCCCAACUCAACUAUGCCACCACUGAGAAGGAACUUCUUGCUAUAGUCUUCGCUUUUGACAAGUUUCGACCAUAUCUCAUUGGGAAUAAGGUGAUAGUCUACACUGAUCAUUCCGCAAUUAAAUACCUUAUCAUAAAGAAGGAAGCCAAGCCAAGACUCAUCCGUUGUGUUCUCUUGCUACAAAAAUUUCAUAUUGAGAUUAAAGACAAGAAGGGAACUGAAAAUAUAGUGGCAGAUCAUCUCUCACUGCUAGAGCUUUGUGUGGACCAAAUAAUCAGGCGAUGUGCUCCGAAAGAGGAGAUGACAGAUAUUUUGAUGCAUUACCAUACACUAGAAUGUGGAGGGCAUUUCGGACCUCAUCGGACAGCAGCUAAAAAUAUUCUAGAGGUGGAGUUGUUUGAUGUUUGGGGUAUUGACUUCAUGGGACCCAUUCCUUCAUCCUACAACAACAAAUAUAUUCUUCUAGCAGUGGAUUAUGUAUCUAAUUGGGUAGAGGAAAUCGUAACUCCUACUAAUGAUGGAAAAGUGGUGCAGAAUUUUCUUCGGAAGAAUAUUUUUUCCAGAUUUGGGACUCCUAGGGCCAUUAUUAGCGAUGAAGGGACUCACUUUUGUAACAAGCAGUUUAAAGGUCUAUUAUUAAAAUAUGGAGUAAGACAUCUAAGAGCAUUGGCUUAUCACCCUCACACAAAUGGACAAGCGGAGAUAUCAAAUAGGGAGGUAAAGCAAAUUCUAGAGAAAACAGUUAACAAUUCUCGAAAAGAUUGGGCCAAAAAGUUAGAUGAUGCGCUAUGGGCUUAUCGGACAGCAUACAAAACACCUUUGAGAAUGUCUCCUUAUUGGUUAGUCUAUGGAAAAACAUGCCACCUUCCUGUAGAGCUCGAGCACAAAGCUUAUUUGGCGAUGAAGCAACUAAACAUGGAUCUUCAAGCAGCUGGUGAAAAGCGUUGUUUGCAAAUUAAUAAGAUGGACGAGUUUCGUAAUGAAGCUUAUGAGAAUGCAAGGAUUUACAAGGAAUGGACCAAGGCUUGGCAUGAUAAGCACAUCUCAAAGAAAGAGUUUCUACCUGGACAACAAGUUUUACUUUACAAUUCAAGGCUUCGUCUUUUUCCAAGAAAGCUCAAAUCUCGAUGGUCAGGCCCAUUCACAGUUGUUAAAGUUUUUCCCCAUGGAGCAGUGGAAAUCACUCAUGAUGAGAAGGGGACAUUUAAAGUGAAUGGACAACUGACGCAGUUCUCCACCUUCUUGCUCCAGUACUUGAAUGCAUUGAUGAGGAUGUCAAGAGAGAUGAAACUUGAUCCAUCUUCACCAAUGAACAGGGAAAUUUGGUAUCAUGAAUGCAUUCCAAUUUACAUGAAUUCAGCUUUGGUAUUUUGGCUUGAUUACAAUGUAUUUUUGCUUGAGUCAAUAGUGCUAUCUGAAUAUGAUAUUGAAACACCUCAGAAAUUUUGA